UUCCCCUCUCUGCUUUUCUUUCCCAUUUUUUUCCCUGGCUACAAACUCGUUCCAUUCCCACCCUGAAGAGAUCCAUUUGAUUGAGACAGACAUUCUGAGCUCGAUCUGUCGGGGAAAUGAGGAUCAUGGUGCGGACGCUGCGCGGGGACCGGGUGGCGCUGGACGUGGACGGCGCGACCACGACCGUGGCGCAGGCCAAGGGCAUGGUCAUGGCCCGGGAGCGCGUCCCGGUGGCCAUGCAGCGCCUCUUCUUCGCCGGCUGCCACCUCGACGACGACGAACGGACGCUCGCCAACUACGGCGUGCAGCACGACUCCGUCCUCUUCCUCGGCCUCCGCCUCCGCGCCGCCUCCACCACCCCAUGCCAGGACGAGAUGCAUAGGUUGCAGGUGCCGGCCGGUUUGACGGCCGCGAAGCAUGAGGUGCACCAGGAGAUGCAUGUGCAUGCCCAUGGCCACGCGGGCGCGAACGGCGCCGGUGGCGAGGAGCCGGAGAAGGCCAAGGCCAGGAAGCCGGCGUCGCGGCGCGCGCUCCGGAAGAUCCUCUCGAGGCUGCACGUGGACGCCUGGACGAGGCAGCACGACGCCAAGCUGCUGGACCUGCUACAGCGCCACGCGGCGGGACGAGGCGGCGGCGUGGGCGACCUGACCGGCGAGGACUGGUCGGCCAUCCGCGCCGAGCUGAACGCGGCGACGGGGUCCGGGUUCCCCGUGGAGGAGCUGCAGCGGCGGGGGGGCGAGUUCCGGCGCGAGCUCGAGACCGUGGGCCGGACCAAGAGCCACCCGCGGCUCGGCUACGACCCGCGCCGCCGGGUCGUCGUCGCCGAGGAGGCCGACUGGAAAUGGUACACGCUGGAGAAUCCCGAUGCGGCGGCGUAUGCGGGGAGGAGCCCGCGGCUGGCUCUCCUCCGAGCGGUUUUCGCCGGAGACGGGCGUGCCGGCGCCGGCGCGAAAAGCCGGGAGUCGCGGCCGAGGAGGUGCCUGAACAAGUUGCUGCGGAGUUUUGGGCUUCGAUGUAAGCUGUAGUCUGACAGACCCACCGAUCAGUCGAUCACAGUUCACACUCUGUACAGUUGGAUGAAUUGGUUGCGGAUUCGAACAAUUUGUUUCCGUUGGACAUAUUUUACCCCAGAUGAAAA